AUGCCGUCCAAUUUCACAGACAAGAUCAAGGAUGUCGAGGCCAACGGGCAGUCCAUUGACUCUAGCAACUGCAGUACACCCAAAUUAGCCGCUCGAAAUGAGAAAGAAUUGGGAAGUCCCGUGUCAGAGAUGAAACUCGAAAGUCAACUGCCGCCACCGGCCGCAUAUCAUGUCUUCUCCCGGCCUCGAAAGUUGGAAAUGGUCUGCAUUGUGUCGAUGGCAGCCAUUUUCUCUCCCCUCUCUUCCAACAUUUACUUCCCAGCUCUGGGGGCUAUUGCCAAGCAAAUGGACACGUCUAUCUCGCUCGUGACAUUGACCGUCACGAUAUAUAUGAUUGUGCAAGGGCUGGCUCCCAGCUUCUGGGGCUCCUUCUCAGACGUGAUCGGUCGCCGCAGUGUAUUUAUUGGCACUUUCAUAGUCUAUAUUCUGGCCAACAUUUUGCUGGGUGUGUCGACCAACUAUGGGGAGUUGAUGGCUUUCCGUGCGCUGCAAGCUGCGGGCAGUUCAGCUACCAUUUCCAUCGGUGCCGGUGUCAUUGGCGAUAUUACCACGUCCGCCGAGCGAGGCAGUUUGGUUGGAAUUUUCGGAGGAGUUCGUAUGCUCGGCCAGGGUGUUGGCCCAGUCAUCGGUGGUAUCCUCUCCCAAUUUCUAGGCUACCAUGCCAUCUUCUGGUUCCUGGUCAUUGCCUCCGGAAUCAGUCUAGUCUUUAUCCUUAUCCUGCUCCCCAAAACCCACCGCACCAUUGCUGGCAAUGGCUCGGCUCGGCUCCACGGGAUUUACAAACCCUGGAUCUACUACAUUAUCCCCCAGAAGGACGUUCAAGUUGACACCCAUCCCUCCAGCCCCCAAAAGGUAACCUGGAAAGUUUUGUUGGCACCCUUGACCUUCCUGGUGGAAAAGGACGUCUUCAUAACCCUGUUCUUUGGCGCCAUUGUCUACACCGUGUGGUCCAUGGUGACUUCAUCCACUUCGGACCUCUUCGAAUCCGUCUACGGACUGACCACUCUGGAAGUUGGUCUAACCUUCCUGGGCAACGGAUUCGGCUGCAUGUCCGGCUCCUACACCAUCGGUUAUAUCAUGGAUUAUAACCACAAGCGUACCGAGCGCGACUACUGCCGCAAACACAACCUUCCCCUCGAGACUCGCAUAACCAGCAAAACCCACCCAGACUUCCCCAUCGAAUACGCACGCAUGCGCAAUACCUGGUGGAUUAUCGCGCUCUUCGUUUUCUGCACCGCCGCUUAUGGCUGGUCCUUGCACACAAAUCUCGCCGUCCCUAUCAUCCUGCAGUACAUCAUCGCGUACUGCGCCACCGCCAUCUUUACUAUCAAUAGCGCGCUUAUCAUUGAUAUGUACCCAGGUGCUAGUGCUAGUGCAACCGCCGUCAACAAUCUCAUUCGCUGCGAGAUUGGUGCGGCGGGUGUCGCGGCCAUCCAGCCUAUCAUCAAUUCCAUCUCUGCCGAGUGGGCCUUUGUCUUGUUGGCGGGGAUCACUGUCGCUAUGGUGCCACUGAUCAUUAUCGAGAUGAAGUGGGGGAUGGGCUGGCGAUUGGAGCGCUUUGAGCGUUUGAAGCGAAAGCAGCAGGCAUGCUAA